UAACAAUCAUAUUGGUAGAUCCGCCUCCCGCAUGAUCACCGACGUAUUUCACAAUGAAGGUAUUGAUCUUGUCUGUUUUGGCGACCCUGGCACUAGGAGCCCCGGGGGUGAUUCACAUGCAGCAAAGACGUCAUCAAUACAAAGAGGGUGUCACUAUUGAGGAAACACUAAGGAAAUACGGCAUCUCUACUCUGUUGAAAUUGGCCAAGGAUGCAGGACUCCCCAUGGGAGAAACGGGCCCAUUCACCGUGUUUGCCCCAACUGAUGAGGCCUUCAGUACCUUGAGCCCUCAGAUUUUGAGGGAACUUGAAAAAGACAAAGAGUUGUUGAAGAACGUCCUGCUCUACCACAUCGUUGGGGGUAGUGUCAUGUCCAAUGACAUUACUAAUGAGAUGACUGCCCAGAGCAUGUGGACGGGACAUGAUAUCAGGUUCAACAUCUACAAGAGAAUGCUAGAAAAGGACACAAGGGUGACAGCAGAUGGCAGUCCAAUCAUAAUUGCCGAUAUUAAGUGCAGUAACGGAGUAAUCCACAUCAUAGACAGAGUCAUGUACCCGAUACCCAGUGACACUGCUGCAGCAUUUGUAGCAGGUGAACAGAAGGAGUUUUCCACUCUCCUCACUGCCCUGACUAAAGCAAACUUGGUUGACACACUAAAAGGAAAAGGUCCAUUCACCGUGUUUGCCCCUACAGACGAGGCAUUCAAAAGACUCAAACCAGGAGUUCUUGAUCAUCUGUUGGCCAAUGUUACCCUUCUUAAAUCUGUAUUAGAGUACCAUGUUGUGUCGGGUACCUUCUUCAGCGAUGGUUUUGAUGACCAAGCUAAGAUCACCACUCUCAAUGGCAAGUCUGUUAUUGUAAGGCUACUAGAAGAUAUUGUUGUUGUCAACACAGCGUUUGUACAGUACCCUGACAAUGUUGUCACCAAUGGUGUGGUUCACGGAAUACAAGCUGUCCUUAUGCCACCAAACGUCCACCUCCAGUUAGUUGAGAGUUAGAUCAGCUUUACAUUUGGAACUCCACUGCAUACUUAUAAAAAUUGAUUGACUACAUAAAAGUCCAUGUUAGAUAUGGGGCUAAAAUUUCCAACAUCAUGAACCAUUUUGACGCUUGACUUUUAUAUCUAAUGUAUAUUCAAUUUGCCAGAUGUCAAAAAUUCUAAUGAAGCCUUAUGCACAGUAAAAACAAAGAUAUUUUAAUACUAUUAUAGUUAUUAGUAUAUUAUUAGUUAUUCAAAUUGUAUGACAUUUUCUGUUUCUAUAUUUUCC